AUGCGCUUCAUGCUCGAAACAAAGCAGAAUGAAUCGGGCGAGGCCACCGCCUAUUCCAUCCAUCAGCCAGCCAACAAACCAGAGCAAACAAGAUCGUGGGCAAAAGGAGCCAUAAACCAGCCAUCUACCCACCCUUGCUUUUUUCUUCAGUUCAGUGUCGUUCAACGUGGGCUGUUCCGACAACCCCCUCGGACACCCGAGUGCCCGUCACUCCGUCUACCUACACGGCUGGGGACGUCUGCUUGGCGUCGACGGCGGGUGCCGGCGGCUUCCCAGAACCAAGAAAAUACCUGGGCCGCUGACGAGCCAAGACAACCUUCAUAAAGUAGGCCGUUCUAUUUCGGACCUGGCAAAUGCCACUUUGCUCUGCAGCCGCGAUAUGCACCUUGCCCACCCACCUUUUUGCACCCCUGCCACCGCGUUGCAAUGCCCCCAAGGUCUCGGGAGGGGAGUGUGACUGAGACGCUGUGAAAGACGUCGGCCUCCGGUUGUUGAUCACGUACCAUUCAUUGCUGCGGUCGCUACGCAUGAGCUACUACUUUUAGGCCAGUGCGUAGCCUGUGGCCGUAAAACCUGGGCCAUGCGCUCGUUAAAAAAAAACACAAUAGCCCACCUUGGCAUCACGCAAUGUGUCUAUCCUGGAUGCCAUGGUAUUGAAUAUUAAUAGCCGCCUGAACUAUUCCAGAUCAACGCGCAACAUCUACAUUGUAGAUGACGUUGGUGGCCACUGUGCUUCUAUCUAGAAACCUUUCACUAUGGUGUUGGGUACCAGGCAUGAUGCUUGUACUGUGUUUAUCCGACUGUGUUAGAGUAUUAUUAUUGUGGUGGUGGAGCCAUAUUGAUGUUGCAGUUCAGACUCCUACAAUAGAUAUAUCCAAGUCCGUCUUCACC